CUUAGAGCCAAAUAGGCAUAGGCUACCCUAUUCUUCACUCAUUCUUGUUCUCCCAAUAGGUGGCAAUCAAAACAGGAUGGGCGAAAGCUCUAUGUUCGUUGUAAAGCAAACCGGACAUCUCAUUACUGUGGAUAUGUGCUUGGUGAAACCUGGAUGCAUGCUAAUUAGAUCAUUUUGACCACAAUCUGUGAGGACUCUUAUCCACGUUUUGUACCACUGGAACAUGUCGUUUCUGACUUCACGCAUCCAGUUACAGAAACAGCCUGUUUACAGUAAACAGGGGGAAACCAUAUGAUGGUUUAUACCACUAUUGCCUUUAGCUGAUUAGUUUGGAUGUGUUACCCUUUGAUAAAUAAAAUAGUUACGUGUUGCUUUUGCAGUGAUGCAUUUGUUUUCUAUUCUCGCGCUUUUACUUAUGGGGCAUGUGACCACGACUGCAGGACUAGACAAUUACAGAGGUGACGAACAUGUAUGCCCUGGCCAGUCUUUCCGAAUUACAAAAAUGACAUUUUCUGAUGAAUUGUUUUUUGAAUCAAGUAUACCUGGAAGCUCUGAAAAGCAGGUGGCAAACACAACCCAUAUCUUUCUCCCUUCGUAUCGGUUCAAAAAUAAGUACGUAUUCAUUCCUGAGGUAAUGAAAGAACAUGAGGGAAACUACUAUCGGCGUUACUCAUUCUCGAUUAGGCUGCCAAUGCCAGUGGUCAAACUCAUUCUCAAGGACUGCGCCGUCCGUAGAGAAGUACCUUAUGGCGAGAAGUUUAGUCUGGAGGUGCCAAAGGAGGCGUCCAUAUUGGAGUUCACCACCUCAAAGUCGGCUGACCGCAGGGUCCUGUGGAGUCGUAUCAACACAGAUAACAAGCGCGGAGCCAGGGGGACGGUGACACGUGAUCGCUGGGAGGCCGUCAAGAUCACCAAAGCCGAUGAAGGCCGCUACACUUUCCUGAAGGAGAGCGGAGCCGAGGUCUCCAGCACUACAUUUGUUGUUAAAGAACUCAACAAACAGUACGAUUUGACCAACGAGGACAUAGAGAGAAUGAAGUUCCCAGUUCCCUUUGCCGAGGCAGUGCUUACAUUUAUUGAUUCCUCCAAGAAUAAGCAUGUGCUCUUCCAGAACGCCAUGGUGACUGAUAAGGCAUUCCAAAUCUUUGGAUCUCGGAUAUACCUGCGUGAAGAAUAUGGUGAACUGGCUCUUACUAUUAACGACCUGAAAUCAAGUGACAAGGGGAAAUAUGAGGUCCACGACAAGAACAAGGGUCUUGCUGUUGUUCUGUAUGUCUAUGAUAACAGUGGAUAUUCAAAUAGUAACCAGGUGGCACCCAACAUUGUUUCCAUUAUUGGUUCACUGCUGUCGAUGUUGUUCUGCUGCUGCUGCUGCUUGCUGAGGAAGCCUUGCUGCAAAAAGAGCGAUCCCCCUGUUGCUUCACCAGCCCCCGUGCAGCCCAUCCAUGUCCAUGAUCCUGUUCACAUGUCCACACCAGCGUACUCCCCACCAUAUCGGCCUAUGACUAUGGAGAGUGCAGACCGUCGGCCGUGGUUGCAGCCCAAUGCUUCAUUAACUCCCUACGGGAACAGUCAGCCACCUCCUUACUCCGAGGUGGCAGGCAGCUACUCUGAGCCGUGCUAUCCAUACACUCCUGCUGCUCCUUCUUGGGCUUCAGUCGGAGGAGGAGGAGCAGGAGGAGCAGGAGGAGCAGGAGGAGCAGGAACAGGAGGAGCAGGAACAGGAGGAGGAGCAGGAUCAGUAUUAGGAACAGGAGGAGCAGAAGAAGCAGGAACAGGAGGAGGAGGAGGAGCAGGAGGAGCUGGAGCAGAUAUCAAUCCUAAUGCUCCUAGUGCACAACUGGACCCAGGGCCCCAGUACCAGUUCCAGGGGUGGGGUGGGGGUCUGGGUGAUUUUCUUUCCAGUUCAGCUCUUAGCAUGGACACCAGCACUGGCGCCAGUGCCUAUAACUCAGACAAGCUCAACUUUUGAGGGGUUUCAGGAAAGACCUUUAUACGUUUGUUUACAUUUGCUCAUUUAACAGAUACUUUUGUCAGAAGUCACAGCUUAGCAUAAUUACAGGCACAACUUACAGUAUGCUCUUUCUACAAGUCUUUCCUGUUAAUGUUACCACCAACACAAGAGGUGAUGAAGCGCACCCUACACGUUCUGUGCAAGAGGCUCAAAUUCAGAUUCAGAGCUCUGCCUGUACUCAAAAUAAGGAUUCGUUCCCUGACACAUUUAGAGAUAGCGACAGUCCCUUGCUGCCUAUACUUUUUUGCCGUCUUGCCAGCACACACUCUUUGCUAGCACAUUUUUCUGUAUAGCUAAAUUAAGCUAUCGGGCAGACAUAAAACACACAGGCAGCAGUUUAUCAGUACUUCGCAGCAUGAUCUUGCCGGGUAGACAUGUGUUGUGCAACUUCCUAAAACAGUCGUUUUGGGAAGUUGCAUUAAUAUAUUUAUGAAUUGUCAGAUAUGUUACACAAUAGAGGAUGAAUAGUAACUAGUUAAUAUAAUACUAAUAUUAUUAAUUUUAACUAAUAUAUAUUAAACCAAGUAAUAUUAUUAUUUGUUUUAACAUGGCAUAAAGCCUAUAAUACUGUGUGGGCGGGCGGUGGUUCCAAGUGGUCCACAAUGGCCCAGUCACCCCCACCCAUGACUACGCCAUAUGCUAAAAUCAUUGGUCCAGCCUAAUCAAAUCACAUUCAUCAAGGAUUCCUAGUGUUCCUACUUCCUACCUUGCUUAAUCUUUACAAAUGGAUAAUAAGCCACAUUGGCAUCAGGAAAUGGUGUAUUUAGCUUAGCUGUUUAAAUGGACACAUGCUUUCGACUGGAAUUAUUAUUUUUGUACGUUUUCAUGCCUUGCUAGAUCAUGUAGGCCUACCACUGCCGCUUUUUUAUGUGCCGCGGCUGCGUCUUGUACCCGUUGAAAUGUGGACACCUACCAAGGCCUUGCCAAAUUUUGCCUCACCAGGUAUCGCUAUUGUGCACUUCUGUUUUUCAGUUUUUUUUUUCAGUUACAGAUUUAUACUAAACCCUCUUUCUGUAUGUAAGACAUAUGUAUAUAAAUAAGUUGUUUUAUUUAUUUUACAUUUUAAAGCCAUGUAUCGAAUACAUUUUUAUUGUAUCAGUGAACAUGAACUAAUCAACAGGUUGGCAUUGGAAAUAUACUUGUGCUUUAAAAGUGCAUUAUGUAGUUUGUUUAUGUAGUAUCCAAAUGUCUCAGGCUUUGAGGUAAUCAUUGAAUCAGAGGAUUUGUUUUUUGGUGUCUGUCAUAUGUACUGUAUGUUAUAUUUGAAGAGUUGUGUUUUCUUAUUGUGUGUGUGAAAAUGUGGCCAUGUACAGUAGAAAAGAUAAUAUAUAGGUCCAGUAUGCUAUAUGGAUUAAGCCUAGUCCUAGACUACCGUAGAAAUCCCCAUUGAAGUUCAUCUGUAGUUCUAGACUAGGCUUAAAUCAUGUAUAGAAAACCGGCCAAUGGUAUGUAAUGGGGUAGAUUUAGGCUACACUUGAAUAGUGUAACUACAGUUAUGUAGCUGUUCCCUGCCAUUUACAACAAUAUUACCCUGUCCUGUCUGACAUAUGAUAAACCAUAUACCUCUGAAUUUUGCCCACAAAAAGGACCCAAAGCUGCCAUCUUUGCCUUAUAUGGGCACAGACGGCAGCUAUUGGUGCAUUAGGCCGUGAGCGCCGUUGGUCAGAACCCAAAGUACCAAAUGCCUUAUGAUGUCCAAAGCCUUCAGUCUUCUCUUCACGUGACCACAUGUUGAAAUAAAACUGAUGUAACCCGAA